CACUGAUGAUCAGUGUGCCCUGAUGAUCAGUGUAGCCCCAGCAGACACCUGUCAGUGUCCAUCAGUGCCAGUUCUCAGUGCUCAUCCAUGCCACCUGCCAGUGCACAUCAAUGCCAUAUAUCAGUGCCCAUCUGAGCUGCCUUUCAGUGUCACCUAUCAGUGCUACCAAUCAGUGCCACCUAUCAGUUCCCGUCAGUGCCACCUAUCAGUUCCCGUCAGUGCCGCCUAACAGUUCCAGUCAGUGCCACCUAAGAGUGCCAUGCCCAUCAGUGAUGCCUGUCAAUGUCCAUCAGUGCAGCCUAUCAGUGCCCAUCACUGCAGCCUCAUUAGCGCACAUCAGUAGAGAAAAAUCACUUAUUUACAAAAUUUUAUAA